AUGCAGGUCCCGGCUCCCACCUUCCUGCAGACGCGCUCCAUCCUCCUUAUGCGCGAGAACCAGCUCGCCAACGCCGCCCCGGGCGGCUCCGUGCCGUCUCAGGUUGCCCUCUACGGCAACACCGCCGGAUCCUCCACCGACGGCAACUCAGGCAGCAACAGUGGCAACGGCAGUCGCUGGUCAAAGAAGAAGAAGAACGUCGGCGGGGGCGCUACCAACUCCAACACCGGCUACCCCGUCGUGGCGCCCGGCCCGUGGAUCUGCUUCAACCCCUACACCAGCCAGGCUCAGCAGAUGCAGCCCGCCUGGCGUCCCUACGGCGCUCCGGCUGCUCCCGCUGGGGGCGCUGGCCUCCUCGGGCCAGCCCCGCGGUGCACCGCUCCCACGUCACCGCAUCGCCGGUCCACCUGGGUGCCCCCAGGCCAGGUCGCCUACAUGACCCAGCUGGCGCCCCUACAUGGCCUGGCCUGGGGCACCAACCCGCCUCCACCCGCGGCGCCCUACAACCCCACCGGCACCGUCCAUGCUCCUGCAUGGGACUGCUGCGCCCUCGUCGGCGCCCUAAACGCCAUCGUCGGGCCCUCUUCCGUCGGCUCCUCCACGCCAGGCACAUGGGUCAUGGAUUCCGGAGCCACCUCGCACAUGGUCUUCGACCCUGGUAUACUCUCCACCUCCUCCCAUCCUCCUCCCUCCCUCUGCGUUACCGUUGGUAAUGGCGUCCCUCUCCCCAUCACCGCCACCGGCCACGUCACUCUCCGCACACCUAGCCACACUUUCUACCUAAACAAUGUUCUCGUUGUUCCAUAUAUUAUCAAAAAUCUUCUUUCUACUUGCCAGUUUACCAUCGAUAAUUCUGUUUCCGUCGAAUAUGACCCGUGUGAUUUUUCUAUUAAGGAUCUGCACACUCUAUGUGAGAUUCGCCAACACCAACACCACCACCUCGUCGUUUGGACUCGUCGCCACCACCACCACAUCGGAGCUAUGGCAUCGUCGCUUAGGACAUCUGGGUCGUGA